AUGGCUUCAUACCUGUCCUACUUCACUUCCAACACUUCCUCAAGCGCCCCUCCUACGUCUCAUGGAUCGAGCACGCCCAACUCUACUUCGACAUGGUCGAGCACUUUCUCAUCCAGAUUCGCGAACUUGCGGAAGGCGUUGACUAAGGACUCAGAAGAGGACGAUCCAGACAAUGAAGACUGCUCACACAUCUCGAAUGUGCUAAGGGCGUAUUACGCAGAGAAGGGCCGGCCCCUGCCUGAAUGGCUUCCUCCUGAUCCGAAGAGACCCGUCGCUGCCCCUCAGCCACAAGUCUCAUACGGACAAUACGGGAAUGCAUAUAGCUCGCAGCUCGGCAACCAGCAACCACAUUCCAGAGGUUCAUCGGGUGGAAGAGGAGGUGGCCUGUCCGAUCUCUGGGAUCCUUCUCCCGCGCAGGCUGCGCCGCCUAGCCACAGUCUAAGGGCUGCUCGUCCUACACCCCACUCCUUGCGAUCCAACGAUUCAACAAGAUCACAGUCGAGCGGAGGCGGUCAGCAAACUUCGUUUGGUGGGCCAACGCCAACGGCCCGACCUCUUCCUAGUCAAAGAGCUGGAAGUUAUCAAUCAAAUCCUACUGCAAACGCACAAGCUCUGGGGUCUCGUGACAGACUGCGAGCACGGCUACAGGGCGGCGGCAGUGGUAGGAACAGUCCCGCUGCAGGUUUGGGCGGUCAGACAUCCUAUGGUCCUUCGGGCGGAAAUCUCAGUACCCAAGACCGCAGUGGAUCCACACAGCCCUAUAUUUCAGCCUCACAGCCUUGGUCGACGGGUGGAGAUGGGUAUGGUUACGAUGCAGGCUAUCCCAGUGCUGGUCUUCCUUCGUCACCCUACGGCAAUCAAGACCAGCGACGGCGGCCUGGAGGGCCGAGAUGA